GGCUCGAACGCGGAGAGGAGGACAGGGCCCAGACGACGGGGCCGAAGUUUGUGCGCAGCUAAUCUUUGACCUCGCCCAAGCGGGCACUUGCGCUGCCGACAUAUUACGAGGGUUCCAGCACGAAGCUAUGUACUGAACGCGUGCACGAGCAAGUAACAUGUGACUGGGUGUCGAGACGAAUGUCGCGCUGAACACCACCCCCGCCAUGAAGAGAAAAAUGGCGAUGCUGCCGAACAUCAAGCUCGUUUUCUUGGUGCUCUUCCUGACAGGCAGCGCUUUCGGCGCUGUCAGCUACAGCAACGAACAGCAGACUCCCAUGGAAGCGGACGUGAGGAGAGGGUCCCCGAUGCUGGGCUGCAAAGAACUCCGCUCCAAACGAUACAUCUCCGACGGCCACUGCACCUCGGCGCGUCCUCUGCUGGAGGUGGUGUGCGCGGGCGCCUGCUUGCCACUGGAUCAGCUGCCCUGGUACUCGGACGGAUCGCCCGCUGCAGCCAGCGCCAGCUGGAGCUGCGAACCGGGCGCGGUGCGCCUCAGACGGGUCCACUUGCUCUGCCCGAACGGCGAGCGCCAGAGUUACCGCGUGCCCGUGGUGCGAGCCUGCAAGUGUGUGCGCAACCUGGAACACGCCACGCACGGGUCCUGAGACUUCCGGAAGGUGGUCGGCCAUCUUCUGGCUGUGCGACGCGCUUGGUUUGGCCAUGAUGCUUAGAAAGCCAAAUUUCUAUGGUGCAUGAGACAGUCUAAACGUUUCUUGAACGCUGCACUCAGUAGCUGCGAACUCGACUAGCAGGUUUCUAUGACUUCCAGACAUGUUAAACUAGAUAUAUAUAAUCAAACAACAGUUAGGUAUCACAGAACUCUGCAAGGCUAACUGCACCAAAAUUUCUCUUUGGUUGAAUUUCAGACAGAUUUUGACGGGAUGUACAACUGUGGUCAUCUUGGCAAAGCCACGGGGCUGCCAUUUGCAUAGUUUUCAUGUUAGCAGUUGCAGACCUGCGUAACACCACCCAAGGAAGCGACGCGUGCACACGGGAUCGUUGCUAUGACGUAACUUCCAGAACGGCGCCAAUGAGAUGUUUCGGAGCACCGCUGGGAACCACGGGCAUUGCGUUAUCCUAGAAGCCGCGUUCUAGUUACGCGUCACUUCUGGCGAACGGUGCCGACACCGUUCUAUUCAUUUUCGGAGUCACAAGGAGCUGUUCUUUGAGAGGUUUUCGUGAACCCUUGACUGACAUAUGACGCGUUACUUUUCAAAAGGGUGCUAUUCUAUACGCACUACACCGGAGCGAAGACUUCACAAAUGGAUGCUUAGGCGAAAAAGCGGGCGUCUGUGCCCGGCACGCGGUGCCCCAAUUCCCAUCUGCUGCGGCGCCCCGUCACGUGCGCGGCUCGAUUGAGCAAAGCGGUAAAAAGCGUGCACUUGUUGCCGCGCUCACUAGAUGUUGCGAAAGGGAAGAGGGCACUCAUUAGGAAUGCUUAUGUAUCUUUGGAUUAUUAAAUCUGGCUUUUUCGGCAGUGCCAAAUCUUUUUGUAGUUCUCCUUUAAGCUAUACCAUGUUUUGACGUGAUAAUUCAUCUACAUGAUGUAUGACUUCAGAACUUCAUGUAAGAGGACAUUGUUCUUUGUAUUUCUGAGUCGUCAUAGUGAUAUGGUGUUCUUCAAGUUAAAUAUUUAUGUGCUUUCGAUUUUUUAUGUUCGAAAAAUUUGGACCCUGUAUGCUCUAUGUUCGGCACCUCUAAGAGCUAAAAAGUAGCCGGCGCCUUAUUGGCGCACCAACAUCUCGUUACAUGAAGGCAAAAAAAAAAACAUGCUAUAGAACGAUUAAUUUUACCGUCAUCAGAAGUCCUCCGGCUAUGACUGAAAACCCCAAUUACGGAUGCUUCCAUUCAGUCGCAGAAUUUUAUUUCGCAUUAUGCUGAACAAGUGUGUUUUCCUGCUCCUGCAAGACGCGAUAGCGCUGGCAAGUUAAGUAAAGAAGAAAGGGCGCCAGUUGCUCUGUUUCUUACUGUAGCCAAAUGCCAGUUAUUUCUAAGGGAUCCUUGAAGUAGUAAACAGAAGAAAUUAUUUUGGGUAAGACACUCUCACCACAGACAACGAGAUUACCAAGUAUUACUACAUGGCAAAGCGGGCUUUCCCGUUCUGAGCACAGGCAGUCUCGUUGCGCUUACUUCAAACCCAUUCAUACCCAUCGUUAGCAUACUUAAAUGAAAUUUAUCCACAGAAAUUCCCCGACGCCGCCAGCACCACUUGUGGGCACGCCGCUACAUUAGCUCACAUGCUUUGGGAGUACGGGCCCCUCGGCCCGACUUGCAGUAAGGCGGAGUGGGAUGCGCUUCUGCGCAGCCCAAACCUUCAAGACCAAAUCCUGGCCGUCAGGCUAGAACUGCCGGUCUCCACAUAGGAGUAGCCGGGUGGCGCGGGCAACCUUGGCGUCUGCAAUAGAUUCUAAUACAGGUUUUCGCUCUUUCUUAUUUUAUUUAUACCAUAAUAAGUUUACUUAGAUAGUUAUAAUUCGCUCCGUAGUAACCAAAUAUAAUGCGAAGGCAUAACUUCCAUUUCGCUGCACAUUUCAUAGGGAGUAUCUUCUGAGGACAGUUACGGUGUAAUUCUACUAGGUAAUAUUCGGACAGUCUUUGGGCAGUCGUCGAUAGAAACCUGAACAUCAGGUACUUACAGGUCACCCAGCGAGUGUAUUGUUCCUUCCUGAUUUUUAUUGUUUAUCUUGUUGCAUGCGCUGCUUCCCCCACGCACACAUUAUUGAUGAGAAACUAUCUGCAGUCAUGAUUAGAAACAUCUGUACCCUUUACCAAGAAUGCAUAAAGAAAACGACACGCUGAUGCAACGCACCUGUUGGAAUUUAUGUUAAGCCAAGAUUUGCUGAAGGUAUUCGUAAAUGUUGUGAAAAAAAAUGCUAUGGCAUAUUUUUGUUGAUUUUUGAUGUGCAGUCUACAAUGUGCAAUCCGCAGUUGUGCAUGGCACAUGCAUCAUUGUCGUGCUUUGAUGGGACUGUUCAGCACUCUCGAAGUAACUCUAAUAAAAUUUUGUUUUCGUUAUGUCACGAAAAAAACUAUGCGAAAAUGCACGCUAUUUGCAUGAUGAUGCGAAAGUGUAACUGUGGAGACAUUGAGGGAGUUCGCUUGUAUUUGGCACGAAAAUGACGUUCACUGAUCAACCUCUUUCAAUAAUUUGAAACUUCUGCUUAGCCGUCCCAACACCAUUCGUGCUAUUGUCCCGUGACACUAUAAUCAAGGUUCUGAUAAAAAUAACAUACGCUGGUGUUAUAGGUGGCAUAAAAAUGCACUUAACGUAACGGAAGUCAGCUAUUAUACCUACUGGAAUCAUAUUAAUAAAAAACGGGGCAGGUGAAGGCAAACCUGCUGAAUUCGACGCAAUAACAAUAAGACAGAAGUAAGUGAUGUGACAAUGUACUGACGUCACAUGGACAUUAACUGCCACGAGUAAAGAUGCAGAGCGAAA